CCGGUCUGCGCAAGCGCAGGGCAAUUUCCGUGCACGAAAUGUGUCCGUCCGCCCGGAACCAGCCCACAUUCUACGUCCCUUCGCCCCUGGCGAAGACCACGGAAGAAGAGUUUUCUGAGAGGUCCGGUCCCGUUUCUCUACCUCCGUUCGCCUUCCGAGACGCGGACGGCCGACAGCGGAAGUUGUCUAGCGCCUGUUCUUCCGGUAGGGGGACCGCCACGCCCCCGACGGAGGACUUGGACGGCAGGAGUACCGACAGCGCGUCAUCGUCAGCGUCGUUGUCCCGGUUGAGGAGGAAGUCUUGCUCGCCGUCACCGCCCCGUGAUCUCGGCUGCCAGCGGCGCAGCAGGAGGUGGUCAGUGGCGAACCAAUUCUGCAGGUUCGAGAUCGGCGGGAGCGUGUCGUCCUGUGGCUUCGAUGCCUCGCCCGACCCAGGCCCAACGUCCUUGCCGUACACCGCAGAGGAAGAAGGCAGUGACGUGCGGAACGGAGAGCGCCAGUUGAUACAGCAGCUACAGCAGGCCCUGGACGAUAAGAAGAAGAAGAACACGCAGAAACAAGUGAAUGGUGCGCGCCGUACCUAUCGCAGCAGUGUCGACCUCGUGCCGCAGCGACAGGAACUGUCGUGGAGAAGUAAGGUUGUGGAGCCACUCGAUUCUUCAGGCGAUGACGAGGAAGAGGAUGAUGGAGAUGAAGAAAGCAAGUUCUGCACCCUGCCGCGGCACGGCGCCGGACGAGACGCUGCCUUCACGAUCUUGUCAGUGGCCUUCACGAAGGGCCCCGGCCACAAAGGCCUGGGAUUCAGCAUUGUGGGAGGACGAGACUCCCCCAAAGGGAACAUGGGCAUAUACGUGAAGACGGUGUUCCCGCAUGGCCAGGCCGCAGAAAGCGGCAGGCUGAAGGAGGGCGACGAGAUCCUGGCUGUGAACGGCAAGGCGCUGCAUGGGCUCAGUCACCAGGAAGCAAUUGCAGUGUUCAAGGAGAUCCGGGUGGGACAGGUGGUGUUGCACGUCGGGCGCAGGGUACCGAAGCGGCGGCGCGAGGCCCUUCCCCGGCCCCACGUCUAGCGGAAGCUGCGCCGAGUCCCCGGAGGCCCUGAAGACU